UGUAAGAAACGCUGAAUGAAGGAGAGAAGGUCAUCGGUCAUGCAGCCAUGGUGCAGCCAAGGAGGAGCGGCUGGACACGAUAGGCCAAACAAAGCAAAGGAGCCGUCUGAGGUCCACAAAUCAUGAAAUAACAAUGCUGAAGGAGUAAUAGGUACUCACUAAUCUUUGCUCGGGGAUCAACAACUGACUGGUUCCCAGGGACAGGUCCCAGCGCCCCCGCCAGCCCCUGGGAAUUGUUUCCACUCUUUCGUCAUGGACAUCGGCAGCCUGUUCAGCAGGGAUCCGCUGGCUGUGAAAUUUGCUGCAAAACUCUUUGGCAAAAAGUUUGCCCGCACCAACAAGUUCAUCCACACCAACAAGCUAUGGAUGCAGACCAUCCCAACGCGCGACUGCGACGUCCUGAUGACCUUUCCGGCCAAGACGGAUGACGACACGCUCAUGUGGCUGCUGUCGCGGCUGCGGGCCCGGACGCCCGAGUUGGGCGUGCAUGUCCGUCACCAUGGCAACACGGGCGUCUACGGCUUCUAUAUGACGGCCAGAUUUUCAAACUUGUUGAAGGGUGCGGAAGACCUUGGCCUGCGGAAACCUCUCAAGGAGGAGUACGGAGGCGGGCUGAAGGAGUUCACCUGCGCCGAGGAAGGGAUGUUUGAAGGGGUGGACCGGGAGAAGGAGUUCUUCUCCUCUCAGCAACGACAAGCCAUCGUGCAUCACAUGCUGCUGAAUCUCCGAGCCGUAGAGGGCGACAAACUGGGCAAAAUCAAGUUUCUUGAAGAUCAAGCGAUUGUUCCCAAGCUAUUAUCGAAAAGAAUCAUCUCCCAGGUUCUGCCUUUGCAUAACAGCGAGGCUCUAGCCAGUCUCCGAACAAACUGGGUCCAAGCUGUGUUCCGACUACAGCCACUGGAUGACAUCUGUGCCUACUUUGGCGUGAAGAUUGCCAUGUAUUUUGCCUGGCUGGGACAGUACACCAAGGCCUUGAUAUUCCCAGCCCUGCUGGGAGCCGUGUUGACUUUCUACACAGAGAGUAAUCAGGAAAGUGAAGACUUCAACUUUGUCAUCUUCACCACGUUCAACAUCAUCUGGGCCACACUCUACCUGGAGUCCUGGAAGAGGAAGGGGGCGGAGCUGGCCUACCACUGGGGGACGCUGGACUCCAAGCAUGAGCUCAUUGAAGACCCGAGGCCGCUCUACACGGGAGAAGCCCAGGUCAGCCCCAUCUCGGGCCGGUUGGAGCCCCACUACCCGGCCUGGAAGCGCAACCUCUUCCGCUAUUUUGUGACCCUUCCCAUCAUUCUCCUCUGCCUGGCCAUCACCUUCGGCAUCAUCCUGACCCUCUUCGAGCUCCAGGAGUUCGUCAAUCGCCAGAUAGAGGCUGAACGCUUCUCUGGCUGGGUGGGCGUGCUGCCCAAGAUCCUCUUGGCCCUCGUCAUCUACGUUCUCGAGGAGUUCUACAAAAAGAUUGCUCACUGGCUGAACGACAAGGAAAACUACCGGCUGCAGGCCACGUACGAGAACCACCUCAUCAUCAAGUUAGUCGUGGUUCAGUUUAUCAACAAUUUCCUGGCCCUUUUCUACAUAGCUUUUUAUCUUCAAGACAUGAAGCGGCUGAAGCAGACCCUCGCCACCACCAUCAUCACCAAGCAGCUGAUCGGCAACAUCAAGGAGUCCCUCCUGCCGUACAUCCUGGAGAAGUUGAAGGUCUACCAGAUGACUUACAAGCUGGUGCAGGGUAGUGUGGACAUGGAGGACGGUGGGGAGGAGGAAUCGAAGACGGAGAAGCCCAAGACGGACCCCGAGGAGACGAGUCCUGAAAAGGAAGAAAACGCCGAUGCUUCAGCCAAGGAUGAGCAGAAAGAGCUUUACCACAGCAAGGAACCCAACGAGAAAUUUACACUGACACAGGCGGAGGUGGAAAGCUCGAUGAAGACUUACGAUGACACCUUUGAAGACUACCUGGAGAUGUUCAUCCAGUUUGGCUACGUCAUCCUCUUCUCCUCGGCGUUCCCGCUGGCCGCCGUCUGCGCGCUGGUCAACAACGUCAUCGAGAUUCGCAGUGAUGCCUUCAAGCUGUGCUCCAGUAUGCAGAGGCCCUUCAGCCAACGGGUGGAGAACAUCGGCACCUGGCAGGAUGCCAUGGAGGUCAUGGGCGUCAUUGGUGUUGUCGUCAAUUGCGCUUUGCUGGGUACGACGGGCCAGAUCUCCAGGGCAUUCCCCGGACUGGCUGUGUCAGGGGUCAUCCUGGUGGUUGUGUUCCUAGAGCACUUCAUCCUUGCGAUCAAGUUUGCGAUCGCCUACGCCAUACCAGACAUUCCACACUGGGUCUCCAUGGAGAUGGCCAAGCUAGAAUACAACCGCAGAGAAGCGCUCAAGAAACUUGAGCUCGCCAACCUGCAGACGACCAAGGAGAACUUGUGCAGGGAGUCUACCAUCCCGACUGCUGCAGCCUCCACCUCCACAUCUGCAGCCCCGGAGAACUCCAGGGAUGCUGGUCCUCAUCAGCACGUCAUCCCUGCAGAGAAACCCAGCAGCCUCUUGGCAACCGAGGAGGCUGGCGCCGCAGGGGUAAAGCCUCCCUCUGUCCCGGCCCGGAGGCAGGAGGCCAGCCGGGUCUGGCCCCCAGCCAUGGCCGACAUGGCCGCCAACUACAACGUGUUCAAGGACCUGGAGAGGAUCCGCAGCCCGCCCACUUCCCCCACGGAGCCGGACACGCCCAUCACGCCAACGUCGCCCAAGUCUGAAGAGGACAAAAAAACGGAUUAAACACUCAAGACAGUGAUUCCAAAUUAUAACAUUUGGAAUUCGUUUUCUUAUCCAGAGACUAAAAGGAAGAUGUAGAUAUUGACGCAGUAAAACGGAGGCUCUUUUAGAAAUCUGCUUUGAAAAUCUUUCAUGGACGAAAUUAGAAUUCAUACGCAGUGCCAGUAUGCGUAGUGCCAAUGAAUGCGCAGUGCAUCUUUCUUGUGCCUUUUUAAUGAAAUUCAUUCCAGUACGCAUCUGAAAUUGAUUGAAUCAGCAGAAGGAGUGGCGUGAUUACGUCCCGUGAAUGAGAUUGGCCUCUUUUUAAAACAAGGGUUUUUUUGGCUCUACUAUUCAUUUUACAAGCAUUGUUUUACUGAAUUUUCUCAGCGAGCUCGUUUAACAAAUCUCCACAAGCUAGAUCGGGUUGGACUUGAACCUACGACUUCCGAAUUACUUCAACAGACAGUUUCAGAUAAGUCGACCGUGAAAUUGAUCUGGAUGGGAAAAGGGUUGAUUUAUUUAAACAUACCCUGCCCUAGUUCCAACAAUUCUGUAAAACAGCGUUAUUUGCUAACAUUUGCUUUUCAAAGAAAUUCUGUUUUGUGUGAUAUCAACAGGUGGUAAUGUCUACCAAAUGUCAAAGUUUAAUGAAUUGAAGACUGUAGUUUAUUUAUUAAAAAGGAAAUGAAAAACAAAUGAUGAGUAGCUUUGUUCCAAAGCUACAUCAUAAUUUGCGAACUGGUAAAACUGGUAAAAGUUGACCUUAAGUUUUUAGUUCCAUCAUCUUUUUGAUGCCAAAAUUGGUAGAGGUGUGGUGAAAGGAAUUUUAGACUGUUUGGGAUGUUGUCGUUCAAAUUAUUUAUUUUUUUCUGUUUUCAUUUGCUGAGAUCAUCUUUGUUAUUCAGCUUCAGGAAAUCUUAAAGGUUUUAGAGCAUCAGUCUGUUAAUAUGUGCAAUGUAGAUGAUUCUAUUUGCUGUAAAUUUUGCAGCUUUAAAUGAAAGAAAUUAAGUAAUUCUGUUCUAAUCGCAAAAAAAGGAGACAAACUUUGUGCAAUGUAAUUUUUCUCUCAUGUAUAUUUGCUGUCCUGACGGGUAUGAAAAUUGCACACACUUUCUGGAACAAAAGAGGUAAAAGUCCUGUCAUUUAUGUAACUGUUUCCAUAUUUUUCCAAGCAAAACUCAGCAUUGGCCGGGGCUUUGUACGUAGUCACUUUUAAGGCCCUUUCCUGUCAGUUUCUGGUGUCAAAUGAACAUUAUACCUAAUUUUACAAAAAUACUAACUACUGAUAAUUUGCAUGCCGCUUCUUGUUUGCAUUUUGGGCAAUUUAUUCAGAUGUUCCUCCUUAAUCAAUGUACUGCUUGUGAGCAUGUGCAAGAAUUAUGUAAAUAAAGAAUCUUUCUAUUUGUUUCAAAUGUAAACAGAUAAAACCUAAGUUUUGCCAAGUUAGAAAUGAUGCUUUACAAUAUGCUUGAUAGUUUCUGGUAGAUAUUUAGAGGGGAAUUUGAUCAGAGCAAACUCGGGUAUUUGUGCAUCCAUUUAAGUAGUUCAAACUGGAAAAUUUAAUUUGACAUUAGUGAUUAACUUGAUGAAAGUCGGAGCUGUGUUGAGAAAACUAUAGGCAUACCUCCUAGUGUUCAGUCAAGCGAUAGCAAUUGUUCAAUGCUUUAAAGUGACAAAAUGCCCCAGUUGCUGUCUAGUAUCACCCAGCUGAAAACUGGAGUUCAGACAGCUGGACUGAGGUUUUCUUGGAAAUGAAAUUCACGGCAUGGCUUUGGACACUGCUUAUUUGUGUUAGAUCAAAUGAGUAAAUCUGAUCAUUUUUAAUGGGUGAACGUUUGAGUAGGUCCAGUGCAAUAGAGCGAAGUGAUGAUACAAGGUACCAGACCUAGAUACAUGUAGCUCCUCCGUUCUAACUAUGACAUGUCUUCUAUCUGUGCACAAUAAAUCAACUUGCUGCACUUUUUGUAUUGCAUUGUACAGCACCCAGCAGGGUAAAGAUUCAGCCUAUAUAUUUGUAUAAUGCCAGUACUAUUUCUACGGCACUGCAUUCAAUAUAUUCCUUUAUUUCUAGUUUUUAGGAUAUUUUUGGUCCAAAUUAUAUCCCUUGUACUGUUUAACUGUGAAUUAUUUUGGAGUUUUUGCAUUGUUCAGAUUUAUUUUAUAUGAGUUUGCAGUUGUUAUUAUGUUUUACUUUUUUUUUUCGUAAGCACAAGGAAAUGGAAGAUUUUUCUGCAUAAUAAGCCAGAACUUUGAAGUUGAAACUUAGAUUGCAAUGAAUAAACAUGGAGAUAUGGAAAACUA